AUGUUGCUGCUGCCUCGCCCGGAUGUGUUCUAUGGUGAAACCGUUUCUGUAGCACGAUGGGCAGAGUCCAAACAAGCCGAGUUUGCAGCAGAUCUUUGUCGUCUGUUUGUUGUCUGCAACAUUGCAUGGUGGAAUGUCGAGCAACCAUAUUGGCGAGCCUUUUUCCAAAAGUGGUUACCUCGGGCACUUCUCCCAGGGCGACGUGAGCUGUCAGGUCGGAUUCUGGAUGGGGAAGUGGACAAGGUCAUGGACGAGAUCAUCAAGAAGGUGCACAACAAAUUUGCUACGGGACAAUGCGAUGGAUGGAAGAAUGUCGCCAAGACCUCGCUGAUUGCGUCAAUGGUCAAUGUGGAGUACACUGCAUACUUGAUGAACACUUACGAUAUCUCUGCACUACCCAAGACAGCAGAAAACUUGCUUGAGAUAGUACUGUCGGAGAUUAAGUACUACACGGAGAAGCUCCAAGUGAUCCUGAUGGCAUGGUGUACCGACGCAAGUGGCGAGUCAGCUAAGAUGCGUAGACUUCUGGUCCAGCGGUUCCCCUUUCUGGUUGCGCUAGAUUGCUGGUGUCAUCAGGUCAACCUGGUGGUUGGUGACAUCUUCAAGGUCAAGGAUCUAUUUGUUCAAUGGAUUGAUGAUGCCGUAGAAGUGGUGAAGUGGUUCAAUAACCAUAGCCGAGCACUGGGUAUGCUGAAGGACGUACAACGCAUGAAGCUGGGCAAGGUGCUCUGCCUAAUCUUGCCAGUUCUCACUCGCUGGACAUCUCAUUAUCUAUCCGUCCAUCGCCUUCUCGAACUUGAAAUCGCAUUCAAGCAGCUUCUAUUGGACUCAAUCCCGGAAUUGGUAUUGUGCGCUGGUGCUAAAGCCGAUGCACAGCGCAAGGCACGGGAGAUCAUUGCGAUUCUGGAACGGUUCGACUUUUGGGCCAAUCUGCGCAAAAUCCAAGAUCACCUUCGACCAUUGGCUGUGGCUGCGAACGCCACACAGUCUACGAACGCACGAUUGGAUGUUGUCGUCCUCACCAUUGUCAAUCUCUACCGCAUCUACUCUAACCCCACCACAGGCCUUGACCCGCGAGUGUGCGAAGCAGUGUUGAAUAGCCUGGAAAAGCGCUGGGCAAAUGUCGAUCAGCCAAUAUUCAUUCUUGCCGUUAUCUUGAACCCCUACCUUCGUGUAUCUCCAUUCACACAUGACAGUCCCCUACGCACCUUUCACCAUGUUUGGCAGCUCAUGAAGAAUGCCUACCUGCGGAUGUAUCGUGUUGAGCCCGACAACGAGUUUCGGACCGCGCUCAGCCAAUAUCUCAAUAGGCUCGGUGAAUGGAGUGACGAGAGCAUGGAAUUGGAUGCGAGAAAAGAGAAUGCCCGGAAAUUGAAAACCACGGUGGAUUUGCUCCAGAUUUGGCGCGAGCACGUCGCCUUAGCUGAGGGCACGAGCAACUCUGAACCUCGAGCACCAAAUGGUAAGACCGGUCUCGCGCUAUUGGCCAUGCGCAUCCUCAGCAUGGUACCCAAUUCUGCGCCUACCGAAGAAACAUUCAGUCAGUUUGGCAUCACACACACGAAGCUCCGCAACCGCUUGGAUCCUCAGAAGGUGCGAAAAUCUGUCAUACUCAGAACAGAUACAAAUGCUCGCUACGGUGCACCGAGAAAACACAAGCGCAAAUUUGGCGACGAUGCCGAAGAACAGGAUGAAGAGGAAACCAUUGUCGUUGAUGUUCCCCCAACAGUGGCUGGGACAUCAUCAGCCGCUGCUACCCAGAUCACCACGGAGAAUUCUAUAUCUCCCGCGAUACCCAUUGACAUCUCGUUGCCGCACUCACACUCAUUUCUUCCCGUGGCUUGCGAUCUCAUUGACGACGCCACAGCAGCAUCUAUUGAAGCUGAUAUACCAUCUGUCGGUCGUUCUACACUCCAUGGACCUGCACCUGCUGCACCAUCCAUGCUCUCAAAGGACAAUCUUCUCUUGAGGAACCUAUUUUACUAUCCGUCUACAUCUUCUAAUGUAUCAUCCUCUGCUUCCUUCUCGAUGCUCGCAGAGUUCUGGCGUUCAAGUGAGCAGGGAUUGGGUAAUGAGAUAGCCUACCACGACAUUCUACAGGAAUCAAACUAA